UUUCAAUCAGCAGAUAACAAUGUGGAAAAUUAUUAGUCGAAAGUUGUGAAGAUGUGUUGAUUUGGUGAAGACUUUUGUGUUGAAAUUGUUCUAAAAAGUUUAGGACUAUCAGUGAUUAUGAACAUAUUUUAAAGGAUUAUUUUGAACAAGUGGUGAAAAUGUAUGGCAUAAUAAUGGAUUUAAACGCUAUUUGGAUGAUUAUGAUACUUGUCCAUUCUAAAGGUUCUGGAGGAGUGCUCAUUGAUCCCGUGUACGGUAUUGCGAAAAGUAAUUUGGAGGAUGAUGGUGGGGGAUUAAGUUUUGUGCCAAACAGUCCAUACGACUCUGGUGCAAUUUUCAGUCCCUCAAAUCAAAAUCCAACAGACAGUAAGCAGGGCCUAAGAUCGGCUGCGAUAAGUUUCCUGGCUAAGUUACGCCAAUCGAGUCAGCAACCGACGAGGCAACGCCAGCGGCAGUUCUUACUUCCUGCAGUGGCCAUCCCGACGGGUGAAUUGUCACCGGGAGAUUCUGACGCACUUCUCGUAGCUCUGGGAGAAAAUCUUAAUACGGUAUUCCAAUUCCUUGAACCACGAAACACAAAGAAUCAAGGAAGUCAUGCAGAAGGUGAUCCAGAAAAAAGUGUAGAUGAAAUGUCAGCUACAACAACACCGACAGACAACGGCCAGAAAAGGGCGGCCGCCUUGAGGAGUAGCAUGUCCAGAAGGUCCCAUUCCUUUGGAUCGGUCAACAGUCUCAGCAAAGAGCAACGCUUCGCGCCAUCCAUCAGUGUUGGUGAGUCGUACGGUGCGCUGACCAACUUGGGAGAUUUCUUCCAACACCUGAAGCAGAAUCUGGAAAACCUGGAAACUAAAAACCUCUCGAACGAGCAGGUCAAUCUUCUUGAGGGACAAAAUAUGGUCUCCAACCUCCGCAAAGAGUUUAUCGAAGACUACCCCAGACCUGCCGGAAGUGCGGCAUUUCUACACGCUAUACGCAAUUAUCGCCCUUCAAAUCGUAUCCGAGCGCUGGUAUCGUCGGUUCCGGAUCUGUACCGGGGAACCAACUACCACGAUCCGGUGUUCAAACUUGCCGGACUAGGAAAGUAACUUUCCCGCCAUUAAACCGGCCACCCCUCUUGCUCUCAUGCUAAUGACCCGUGCUGUGCUGUGAAUUGAUGGGAGGUAACAAAACAACGUAAUUCUUCUAGGUUCGUGUCUUCUUUGCCCCUCCAAUUUCCUGAAUGAAUGGCCCCACAAACGAAAACUUUUCAGUACGCCUUUUUGCUCAAGCCAAAAAUACCUAUAAGUUGUCAAGUUAUAGAAAAAAAGGAGAGAGAGACCGCCAACAAUACAUGAUUAGAAAAAAAAUCAUAUCCUAAUCAUAGAUUCCUGAAAACAGGAACGGUGCUGAUACAGUCCUUUGGAUUAGGGAAAUUAAAAAAGGACCACCCGGUAAGCUGCCCGAUGGCCCAGCUGAACAAUAAAAGUCCACGUUCAUGUCGAUACACUACAAGAUUGUAAUAUAAAGACCUUUUGCUUUUGAUGUGCCAAACAUAUU